AUGGAAUCCACAACACUGGCACAGCAGGUUCAACAACCGGACGCAGAUGUGGCAGGGCGCAUUGCUUUGGGAUCCCUGCCGCGUGGGGCAAAACUCCGCCCACUGGUGGCUGAAUUUGGCCAUUUUGUUGCUGUUGUGCUGCCCCCACAAAACCCGGAGACAAUUGAGACCUUCAUUUCGUCCCUUCCAAAAGGGUCCAAAAUCACUGCACGACAACUGCGGAAACGGGGAGAGGUGCGGGUCGUGGAGGAAGAGUGCAAAUUUCUUUCUGGCGUGGAACAUUUGGACCAUGACGACAUGGUUGAACUUUGCUGGGUAGGAGUGCCAAGCACACCCGAGGACUUUGUCAAUCGGGCUUACAAAGCGGGACACCCUAGAGGUCUCGAUGUUCACGUUGACGAAGCGAUGCGAGAUGUUACCAGGGCAAACCUUUUAGACCCACCGUUUGUCUUGGCCAAGAAGAGGGCCCUAUACUUGAAGAGGUGGACUGCAAGGGCCAAAGAGCUUGCAGGGGCGGAAGAACAACUCAGGGCACAGAUGCCUGACCAUGUUCGUGGCGUUGUGGGUCAAAAGAGGUCCUUGCAGUUUUUGCAACAACGGGUCUUGACUGGCCGCCCUUUGAAGAUUCAGCAGUCCAUGCACAACACGUGGAUGGUGUUUACAGACGGAGCCUGCGAUCCUGAAGCUCGCUCUGGAUCAGUGGGAGGAGUCAUUUAUGACCCGCAGGGCAAUUGCUUGAAGUACUUCGGUGAGAGUGUGCCUCAGCGAGUCAUGGAUGCGUUGCUUGCGACCUCGCAGAACCCUAUACAUGAGCUUGAAGUGAUGCCAAUCUUGUUGGCGGCUGAGCUGUGGGGAAAGACCUAUGAAGGGUCGCAGGUGGUUUAUUACAUCGACAAUGAGUCGGCAAGAAUGGCGCACAUUAGAGGUGACGGAGAAACCUUGCGUGCUGCACAGAUGAUUCAAGCCUUUGUUGAUAUUGAGUCAACAUGUCAGCACCGUGUCUGGUUUGGCAGGGUACCGAGCUACAGCAAUCCAGCCAUGGGCCCAGCCGUUUAA